AUGGCCACCAAGGAGAUCGCUAAGCCUGCAUCUGAUGCCGUCGCGGUAGACCAGGAUGGCACCACCAUCCUCUACCCGGCCCAGGCCUUCAAGGGGGAUGUCCGGUCCACAAGCGGGCUGGGCAUGGGCGACGGCCUCACCACCCACACCAGCAAGUGGAUGGACGGCAACGGCAAGUCCCCGAUGGAGUACAUCCAGGCAGCGGAGCCAAUCAAGGUUCACGGCCUGACCGUGGCAUCGUACGGGAGCGACGACCCUGCCCUGGGCUGCCCUGUGGAGUACAUCACCCUGAAGGGCACCUCCCGUGAGCACCCGGCGGUGUGCAAGUACACCGGCAACAAGUACUACAGCGAUGACUGGGUGGGGGGCGGCGCCCACUGA